AUGACCGAGAGCCGUUUCGAGGCCGAGAGCCGUUUCGCCGUAGGGACAUUUCGCGACAUUCCUGCUAGAAGGUAUAAUUUGUCUACUGGUGUUGGCUUUAAGCACCCUGUUAUAAUGCGAACCGUUUCAUUUAAAGCAGUAUCAAUUUGUUUAGUGUGUGUUGAUCUUCCCCACACCGGGCAUGCAUAUUCAGCCACCGAGAAACAUAGAGCUAGUGCCGAGAUUCUAACUGUUUCGGGUUGA